AUGAUCCUGAAGGCCUGGAAGGUAUUUAGCUUCUCAGCCUUGUUCCUCAUGGGUUUGACCAGCCUAAGGAAAUGGUUCCCAUACACAGAAAAGGAACAGAUGGUUGACUGCUCUGUGUUCAAAGGCGACAUCAUGUUCUGCCGACGUCCUCUCGUCAAAAUGUGUCUGUCUUUCCGAAGUUUGUCUUUUAGAACAUCUGCCGUCUUAAUGCUGGUGCUCGUCACGUGCCUGACGCUACAAUAUAUGACGCAAAUCAAUAGGAUACCGCAACAAAAGAACACGGGCCUAAUCGACGGCAUAGAGAACAAAACAGAGGCGCAGGGACCGUUACCUGUAACUGCUAUAAGUCCCAGAAUUUGGUACCGUGACCCAGCUCAGAUGUGGGAGAACCUACAGUUACCAGUGCUUACUUCAGAACCCCUAGGGCGUCUGGGCAACGUCAUGGGGGAGUACGCCACCCUUCUGGCGCUCGGUCGCGUCUAUGGGGCGACGGUCAGAAUGCAUCCCAAGAUGGAAAGGCAACUGAAGGCUACUUUCCCCAACAUUAGCAUGGAACCCCUUCCAGAAUAUCCCUUUGAAAUACAACUCUUCAAUACCUUCCCAGAAGAUAUUAGACGGGAAUUCACGUUUUCUCUCGAAAUUCAAAGGCAGGUCCGGGCGUUUUGGGAAGAGAAUUCUCACUACCUGACGAAGGUCACGAUAGGCGUCCACGUCAGGAGGACCGACUACAUGCACGCCUUGUUGCGUUUCAAAUCAGUGGUUCCUGAGCAGGCGUACUUCAGGAGGGCUAUGGACUACUACCGUGAGAAACAUCCAGGUUGCCGAUUCCUCGUCUCCUCAGAUGACUUGUCCUUCGCCAGGAGAUCCUUCGGUGCCUAUACGGACGUUUUAUUCACACCAGGAUCCGUUCGCGAGUUGGACAUGGCGCUACUUGCGUCGUGUAACCACAGUAUUAUCACCGUGGGGAGCUUCGGCUUCUGGUGUGGGUAUCUGUGUGGGGGUGAGGUCGUGUACCCCGACAUCUCCGCCAUGCCCACCUACACUUUCCAGAGGACCUACUACGAACUCGGGCAGCUCAAGAACUUCAUUCCUUUGCCACCGUAA